AUGAAGGAAGGACCCCCAACUCUCAAGGGAUUGAAGAGUGGGCAGACCCAGGGUCUGGGGCAUCUUAGGCUGAGUCCCAGCCCUGCCGCACCUGCCCCAAGAGCCGGCCUGUGCUGCCCCGUCCCUGGGGGAUGGACGUUCUUCCAGAGAAACCGUUCCUCCUUCUCCAACUCCCAACAGAACUGCCACAACUCCGUCCCUGCUGCCAGGAAAUGGGGACCCAGCUCGUCAUCACUGAAAGUGCCGAGGAGCAAGUACACCUGUCCAGUGAGCCUGCCUGAUCCGGGACAUGCACCUGGCCACUGGCCAACUGGGAACAAGACAGCCAGAGGGGAUUUUCUGGAUGAGAGGCUGCUGGCUCCACUUGGAAGGGGCGUCCUACAGCUGCAGACUUCCAAGAGAAACCGCUUCACCUGCAGGGGGCUCUCAGACGUGGAACUCGAAGACAAGUCAUGGGGAGGACGAGUCACCCUUCCUGCCCAGAUCACAGUUUGGAUGGCUUUAUGUAACUGCCACGUACCCUGGAGCUUUAUCACAUCCUUGCACACCUUCCAUUCCCUCAACGUCCACCUGCCAUUACCUGCACCCUUGAUGGAGGGCCUUUUCUGGUUGCUGGAGCUCAUCCCGAAGGACCAGGGAAUGAAUGCCGAUGAGCAAUGACCGUUAUGAAUUGGCGUAUAGGUACCCCAGCUCCCUCCUCCCUCGGUGACAUGGU